AUGCUCUCUGGCCGCAUGAAGCAAAGUUUAUCGUGGCUUUCUGAUCAUGCCCCCGCCGGCACAAGCCCCCCAGAGGGCGCAUUGGAAAUGGAUAUGGCGGAGAAUUGGCUUAUUCGACCGGAUUUACUUCCAUUGAUCAAAGAGGCGUUGUCAUCAGACUUGACCCAGCAAGAUCUUUCAUAUUCUCACGAACUGGGGGGAUCCCCGGCCCUUUUGCGUGUAUCAGCAUCCUUUUUCAAUCACUUCUUCUCGCCUCGAACGGUCAUUUUGCCCGAGCACAUCGUGACGAGCACAGGCUGUUCAUCGGCGAUUGAAACCACGAUUUUCUCAAUUUGCGAUCCUGGAGAUGGCAUAUUAUUGGAAACCCCCAUGUGGGAUGGCUUUUCUGUAACGUCGGCGCUGAGGAAUAGGGUGCAGAUAGUUCCCGUGAGGUGCUCGACACGACCAACCAAUGCAACCGAUCUCAUCCAGCACUACAGCGAAGCGGUCAAAAGUGCAGAGUGUCCUAUUCGAGGUCUUGUCAUUUGCAAUCCCCACAACCCUCGGGGUCAGAUUUAUCCCACUUCGUGGUUAGAGGCGCUGCUUCAAUUUUGCCAAGCGCACGACAUCCACUUCAUCUCGGACGAGAUAUACGCUCUCUCAAACUUUGGGACGACAAAGCGCCCUCAACAUGCCACUCCGGGCAUUGUGAUUGGGUUGGAAACAAAGUUUACGUCGAUUUUGUCGAUCGACCUGAAAUCGCUGGGUGUCGACCGCGCUCGUGUCCAUGUGGCUUACAGUAUCAGCAAGGAUUUGGGGAGCAGCGGAGUUCGACUGGGUUAUCUCAUCACGCAGUCGAAUCCCGAGCUUCGCCGUGCACUCAUGGCCCUCAACAGGUACAAGGUGUGCAAUGCGGCAUCGAUAGCGAUUGCGUCUCUCUUUUCCAACCUGCAGACGGUCGAAAAUUUACUAGAGCGCAACAAGUCGCGCCUACGCAAAGCCGCGGAGAUAGUAGAAGACUUUCUGUCUUUCCAUCAGGUUUCAUUUUAUUCACCGGUUGCUGGCUGUGUCAUAUGGGCACGGAUCGGGGGCGAGCUAGCAACCACGGACACAGACGCGGAACUUUCCAAAAAGCUGACUGCAGCAGGAGUGGCCGUGGGUGCCGGCUCCAGGUUCAUGAGUGAAGAACCAGGCUGGUUCAGAAUCACAUUUGCUCUCCCGCGGAAAAAUCUGAUCGAUGGAUUACGUCGAAUUGAAAGUGGGAUGGAAGCAAAGCGACAGUGGAUACCUGGAGAGUCCCGACUGUGGAAUCCCGCAGGUCGGGUUUAA